GAAGCGAGCACGAAGUGACGUCAGACAUGUAAACAAACAGAGGCAGCGCGGCCAUGACAGUUCUGACAGAGUUCGGCUCAGUUUGAGGUUCUGUGCUCCGCGGAAAGUCCGAGUAACGAGUAACGAGUGACAGCCGUCGGUCGGACUGCGGUGAUCCAGGUUCGGGAGAGAGGACUGACAUGAAAGAGCCCGAGACUGAACCACGUCGAACCGAACAUGACGAUCAGCCCGAGGUGAUCCUGAACAACCAGCUCAACUCCGAGGACCCGUUCGAGGAGUACAUGUGGAUGGAGAACGAGGAGGAGUUCAACAGGCAGGUGGAGGAGGAGCUGUGGGAGGAGGAGUUUAUCGAGCGUUGUAUCCAGGAGCUGCUGGAGGAGGAGGAGCAGUGGGAGUGGUUCAUCCCGUCCAGGGACCUCCCCUCUCAGACGGUGGGUCAGAUCCAGGACCAGAUGAGUCUGCUGGUUCUGGACUCAGAUGUUCACGCCGACGCCGACUUUGACGUUGUGAUUCACAGCAGUCUGAACCCAAAUGCUAAGGAGUUCAUCCCGGGUAUCCAGAAACACGUCAUGUGACCCCUCCGGGCUCCGCCCACCUCCCUAGUCCACACUGUGACAUCAUCAACAAGAUGUCUGCCGUAUUUUCCAGUCGCCACUCGACCUUCAGCCUGACAUGUUGCCAAAGUUUUGCUCGCAUGUUCAAGUUCAGUCUGUUACCAUAGUUACUGCAACCCUCAUCUGUCUGUCUGAACACCUGUCUGUCAGUCUGCCUGCCUGUCUGUCUGAACUCUCUGAAUGUAGACCAGCUGAGAGUUUCGAUGCAUUCACUUUAAUCCAGAUCAAACCGGUCUCUGAGGUCUGGACCGGAUCCAGGCAGUCGUUAUCAACUCGUCAAGUCAGCCCUGUCAGCCAAUCAGGAGCAAGCUCACAUGAAAGGGGUGGAGUCUGCAGCAUGUAAAAAGAUAAAAUCUAAAACCACAUCAGGACCAGGUCUGAGAUCUUUGAUCCAGAUCCAGGUCUUUAACAUGACCCAGUCCAUGAACUCGCUCCUCUUUCCUGACCCGCAUCGCUCCAUCAUCUCUGAUUGGUCAUUAGGCUUUUAUAGUGUUCCUAUAGUGAUGUGAGAAGUGACCUCGCUGUCUCAGAUCUGUCGUGGUCCAGACCUCCGUAGACCUCCUGAGCUUUUAUUUGCACUUUUAUAACAACAGAUUUUAUUUAGUGGUUUAAGUCCGGUCUGAUCCGGUUUAGAUCUGAUCUGAUCCGGUUUAGGUCAGGCCUGAUCCGGUCUGAUCCGGUUUAGGUCAAGCCUGAUCCGGUCUGAUCCGGUUUAGGUGAGGCCUGAUCCGGUCUGAUCCGGUUUAGGUCAGGCCUGAUCCGGUCUGAUCCGGUUUAGGUCAGGCCUGAUCCGGUCUGAUCUGGUUUAGGUCAGGUCUGGUAGUUUUAGUCGUUGGGUUUGUCCACUCUGCUUUUCUUGGUCAUUUCCCAGAAUCCUCUGUGUUGGGUGGUCAGAGCUGCUGCGUGUUUGUUUGUCGUUUUUUAAAUGAACAAAGUUACUGUACAAAAAUACAUAAAAGAAAAAAGUGUAAAAAAAAAAUCUAUUUUUUCUGAAAUCUAUUUGAAAUAAAUGUUUAUGGACAAA